AUGUUUGCUCUUGUGGUGUUGGUUGUUUUGGGCAUCGGGUCUGGUGCAGCGGCUGCCGCGUCGCGUGCCCUCACCGCCCGGUCCGCCACCGACACACUAGAUGCCCCAUUGCAACUUCAAGCUUGGACCCAUCCGAACUGUCAGGGCAACAGAUCCGCCUGGACCUCUUUCGACGACAGUGUUCUUGCGCGCAACAUAUCAAAUCUAUUUAUUGCCCGCAGCUUCCGACUUAACCGUACGUUGGUAGCACAGGAACAGCUAGACAUCUCGGUGACCAACAAUUACUCCACGUGGUACCCAGACAAAGACCAACUGUCAUAUGAUAGCUCAUCGUGUACCGAUUUCUGGCAGAUUACUAUGCCCACAAUGGGACUACAGCAUAUCACAAUACACCGCCGUUUACGUGCCACCGGCUGUGGAACAACCCGGGCUUGCCGACAGUUUAGAGAUUUGCAGAGACCUAUAGCGCCGGGCGAUCUCUACAGCUUGCGUAAGACCCGGAAACCAGAUCGUAUCCGCGACCAUCCUCGCCGGCCUCGACGCGCGCCGAGUGACUCGCACGAUGAUAACGAUCAUGCACCGGGACUGGCUUCCUCGAAGAAGGAAACAAAACUCCGUUCAGAGCCAGGACAAGGGCUGACUCAUUGGAUGCAUGGGCUCAUUUGCCUCCGCAUCCGCCGUCAUACUGCGAAGUUCCCCGCUAUAUUCCGUACAAAAAAGGCUGGAUCAAGCGACACGGGCGUAGCCGAGCGAACGCAUGAAAACGCGUUGUCCCGGACCAGACUCGUCCCUGCCUCUUUCCGCGGCAAUAUGUACAUUUGGAAAUACGAAUUCUCCAAUGCGCCCUAG